AAUAAAAAAAAGAAAAAGAAAAAGAAAAAGAAACAUGGCGAGAGAGAUAAACAACAAUCAACAACCACUAAAACAAUCAAUAACAACAGUCCUGUAAACGAGUCGAUAAGUUCAGAGUCUUUAAGGUUAGCUGCUCCCGAUAAUAUCAGUCGAUAUAAAGUGUCAGUGAAGUUAGCCGACGUUAGAAGCCGCAGCAUGUCGGUGCACUUCGAGGAGAAGAGCGGGGUCGUCCCCUGCAAGACACCCUGGGGCUCCUGGUCCCAGACCAUGGAGGAGGUCUUCAUUGAAGUCGAUGUGCCUCACGGGACGUCGGCGAAAGAGGUCAAGUGUCAUUUGGGAUCCAGAGACAUCGAGCUGCAUGUGAAAGGGGAGGAAAUGUUCAAGGGAAAGUUGUUUGACACAACCGUGUCUGACGAGGCUACGUGGACACUCGAGGACAAGUGUCUCAUCCGGAUCAUUCUGAUGAAGACCAACAGAGAGGCAGGGAACUGCUGGUCCUCCCUGCUGGAGGGGGAGUACUGUGCCAAUGCCUGGGUCCAGGACCAGAUGCAAAGAAAGCUCACACUGGAGAGGUUCCAGCGAGAGAAUCCUGGAUUUGACUUCAGUGGUGCAGAGAUCUCUGGGAAUUUUGCUGGUGGUGGUCCAGACUUUUCCAGUUUACAGAAGUGAACCAUGCCAUGAUCAAAAAAAACCUGCUGCGUGCUUGAGAUGUCACCUCUGCCUAAUGAACACUACGGAGGACAUCAUGACAUGCACGGGAACUGUGGCUUCACCAGAUCUCCUGUGACAAGAGGUCAAACAUAUUUGCCUUCAGAAGAACUCAAAUACUGGGUGACUUUAUUGUUCAACACACUUUUCACAGCAGCUCUUUGGUCCGACUUCUCUUUGGUGUGAAGGACUUAUUUGGAAAGUUGCCAGGCUCGUUGUACAAACAGUUGAUGGAAACUGUUCUGUCUGGUUUUAAGAAGCCUGUGAGACGUGUUGUCUUUUAAUAAUGACAGGAAUGCAAACAGCAAUAGCUUUUCAAUAAAGUUUUAUUGAAAGGUACAAGUGUAUAGGUUAACCAGAUGGUGUAUUCAAUUAGCCAGUUUGAAUUUGAGAACACAUUUUAUUUGUCACUAAAAGAAACAAACUAGACAGGGAAACUGGCAAAGAAAAUGCAAUACAAAUUCAAAUCCACAUUUCCACUGCAAUGACCUUAUUUUUUAUUUUUUUUAGUGUUCUCUGCAUAAUUGACAAAUGAAAUCAAUUACUACAUGUGGUGCCUCACUCUGUGUACUUAAAUCACAAAUCUGUGAAAACAACUCAUCGGUAACCGCUGAUGACAUCUCAGCUCAAAACAGUAUGGUUAGCCAUACAAUGACAGGAUCGUCACUAGCCUCGUUUCGCCGGACACAGCCGGAGCUCCUUCGCCUUAUCAAAAUAAAAUAAAAAAAA